AUGUUCAAAAUUCAAUAUUCAAUUUUCGAUUUUCAAUGUUCAAUGCGCAAUUUUCAAAAUUCAAUUUUAAAUUUUCAAUGUUCAAUAUUCAAUUUUCAAUUUUCAAUGUUCAAUUUUCAAUAUUCAAUAUUCAAUAUUAAAUAUUCAAUUUUCAAUAUUAAAUAUUCAAUAUUAAAUAUUCAAUUUUCAAUAUUAAAUAUUCAAUUUUCAAUGUUCAAUGUUCAAUAUUCAAUAUUGUAUUUUCAAAAUUCAAUGUUCAAAAUUAAAUAUUCAAUGUUCAAUUUUCAAUGUUCAAUAUUCAAUGUUCCAUGUGCAAUAUUUAAAAUUCAAUUUUCAAUGUUCAAUUUUCAAUAUUCAAUUUUCAAUUUUCAAUUUUCAAUUUUCAAUAUUCAAUUCGAUUUUCAAUAUUCAAUGUUCAAUUUUCAAUAUUGA